CUUGCGACUCUCCUUCCCUCUUUAUCUGUUCAUAUCUCUUUUGUCACACUUCUCUCUCUUACAUGUCUUCGGCCAGAUGAAGGGCGCUGACACGCCCUUCACCCGGCCGAGAACAUUUGAGGCAGUCUCGAGCUGCCGCGUGCAUAGGCUGAUCCCAGCUUUCCUGACACCAAGUUUUGAACGGCUGCAAUCUAGCAGCCACGCCUGGUCAUCCCGUUGACGGGUAACAGGCUCGAUACGAUGCGCCAUGUGUGCCGAUGAUAUGCUGGAUACUAGAUGGAAUAGCGGGUGCAUGCAACUUUGCCAGAACCACCUGCUUUGACGUCCAAGACGAUGUGCUUGAAACUACCGUAGGGCUGGCUACGAGUAGGGCAGGUGCCACUUGGGGGAAAGGGCGUCCGGCGCUCUCCGUUGAUGCAAGUGGACAUUGCGGGUGUUCUAGGUGAAUUCGGAUGCGACAGUAAUUGUAUAUAGUUUGGCUCUAUAGGCGCCAAGAUUAAGAAGAAUAUCAGGCU